CCGCCCCUCCUGCCGCAGUCGCCGCCGCCGGGACCGCUCCUGGGGAAAGCGGCGCCGGGGAGGCCGCGCCGGACCGGGCGCCGGGGCCAUGCUGGGCAAGGACUACAUGCUGGCCAUCGUCCUCGUCAACUGCGACGACAACCUCUGGAGUGACCAGAACCUGGAGACAGACCCUGACCUCCCUCCAGGCUGGAGGAAAAUCCAUGACUCUCUGGGCACCUACUACUGGCAUGUGCCAACCGGCACAACACAGUGGCAGCACCCUGCAUGCACCAUUAGCCCAGGAGGGCAUGGGACAGCUGAUGGAGAUGAGGCACUCCAGAGAAUGGUAGAGGAUGUGGGCAGAGAGGACUGCCAAACCUCUGAGGCAAAGUAUUUGGCAAAGGAGAGGCCCAUUCCCAGCCCCAUGGCUUCGCUGUCGCGGAGGACCUCACUGCCAUGGCACGGAGAUGAUUUCCAGCACAGCAUGGAGCCUAGCUCCAAGUGCUUUGCUGUGCGCUCACUGGGCUGGGUGGAGAUCCCCGAGGAGGACCUGGCACCUGGCAAGAGCAGCAUUGCUGUCAACAACUGCAUCCAGCAGCUUUCCAACAGCAAGGGCCAGGGCUCUGCGGAGAACCGAGGCGAGGGCCAGGACCUGGUGAUGAUCCUGAAGAAGGACACCAUGAGCCUGGUGGACCCCCUUGACCACAGCCUCAUCCACCAGCAGCCCAUCCUCAACAUCCGUGUCUGGGGCGUUGGUUGCAACAAUGGCAGUAACCUCUUCUCCCUUCCUGACUGCCGCUGCGGCUGCAGGGACAGAGACUUCGCCUUCGUGGCCAGUGAUAAGGACACCUGCGUCCUCAAGUGCCACGUCUUCCACUGCAACGUGCCCGCCAAGGGCAUCGCCAAGGCCCUGCACGAGAUGUGCUCCAAGAUCAUGGCUGAGCGAGCCGUCGCGAGCAGCGGGCUGCGACGUGCUGCCACGCUGGAGCCUGUCUCUGCUGAUGAUCUGCCCCUGCAAGUGGAUAUCCUGGAAGCGGUGAGGCAGUCGAUGCAGACUUACGAGGCACUGUACAUUGGCAGCCUGCCCGUGCCAAGGGCUAUGGGUAUGGAUGUGCUGAACGAGGCCAUCGAGAAGAUGACGAGGGGCCCUGGACGGGAGCAGUGGACACCCUCCCUCAUCCACGUGUCUGACACGGCUAUGAGGGUGCACCCUGUGCAGGUUGGGAGGGGUAUGGGAGGCACUCUGCUUCCACAGGGCUGCUGCAGGCAUCCCUCAUGGGGGGCUGGCCUGCCGGCGGAGGGGACCUGGUGGGGGGUGGCAGGGCUCCCUGGGGCGUGGCCAGGGGUGGAUGGGCCCACGGGGUCCUCUCAGGAGGACGAGGAUGCAGCACACAUCUGGGAGUGCCAGGUGCGGUACGUGACCUUCCUGGGAGUGGGCCGGGACGCCCACACCUUCGCACUCAUCGUGGACACGGGGCGGCGCUUCCAGUGUGCAGCCUUCUGGUGCGAGCCUGACGCCGGCACCAUCUCGGAGGCGGUGCAGGCAGCCUGCAUGGUGCAGUACCAGAAGUGCCUGGUGGCCGCUGCACCAGGGGCUAAGGCGAAGAAAGGCCGAGGCCGGGCCGGGUCAUCAGCCUCGGGGGACGCUGCCGGUGGCGCCGCCAAGGCGAGCGGAGGCAGCGCGGGGGCGGCGGGGCCCGGGGCCCUCAAGCGGGGCCUCUUCGCCUUCCUGGAGGCCUUCCGCCUCAGGCGAGCCCUCCUCCACACCCCCUAGGGGGCCGGGCCGGGGGCCGGGGGCCAGGGCCGGGGGCGGAGCGCCCGGCCCCCGCCCCCAGCCCCACGCCCGGCCCCCGCCGCCGCGGCGGGGCGGGGCCACGGGAGGCCCCGCUCCCCCCGCCCCGCCCCGCCCCGCCCGGUCGCACGGAAGGGGCCGGGCCGGGCGUGACGUGGCGGCAUGGCGGAGCUCUACGUGAAGCCGGCGAAUCACUCUGCGCUUUGCUGCCGCAGGGAACCAGGAGCGUGGCUGGAACGACCCUCCCCAGUUCUCCUACGGGCUGCAGGCGCAGGCCGGGGGUUCCAGGCGCAG